AUGGAGAGAAACUGCAAUGUUUUUCUUGACUGUUGGAUUAAUUCACUAUACGGUUGUGUUCAUCACGCUUUACCAGAGACUCCCAUCAGACGUAGAUUUGUCGAGAAAGAUAGCCCCGGUUUCUUUCUGUUUAUUGCAGCUCCGAGCUCGGCUAGCGUGGCUUGGGAAGCAGUAUCAGGAUCAUUCGACUCCUUCUCGAGGAUGCUCCUGUUUCUCUCACUUUUCUUGUACUUGGCCUUGGUAGUGAGAGUGGAUUUCUUCCGUGACAGCAUUAGGAGAUUUUCCGUAAUAUGGUGGUCAUUUGCAUAUCCCAUGACAACAACAUCUGUGGCCACACUCAAAUAUGCAGAGGAAGUGAAGCACCCAAUUGCUCGGACUUUGGCUUACGUUCUCACUUGUGUCUCCAUAAUAGUGGUACUAAUUCUUGUCGUUCUUACUAUUGGUAGUAUAGUUGUGGCAAGAGAUAACCUCUUCCCUAAUGAUACCCUUAUAAUCCCCUGCGCGGAGGAGCGCAAGAAAACUGUGUUGCUAGCUAAAAGAUCUCGUAAUUCAUGCUUCUCCCAGACUUAA